UAUUUGGUAUUUAUGCCAAUGGAUUCACUCGCACGGCUUCAUCAAUCCUCACGUUGUUUAUAGCUUCUUUCUCCGAAAUCUCUUUGUAUUUUCAAGGGGUUCAAGUUUUGCUAUAAACUUCUCUCUGUCAUUUUUCGCCAACCCAUCUCUCUGUACGCGAAACCCAUCUCUCAAAUUCUGAAAGGAAGGUCAAAUUUCCAGCAUAGUUUCGAUCUUUUAAGGAAAUGGACUCAUGUUCAGGUACAAGGAAGACUUGUUUUAAAGAGGAAGAUGAUGGUUUGGCUUCAUUAGCAGAUGUGGAAGCUGGGUAUUCUGGGAAGUCUCAGCAUCCUUUCUUUUCAAGGUCAAUCUGUUACUCAAGGAGCAGUGGUUUGAGGAAUUUGACAUCGUUGUCAUCGACUGUGUCUUCUCCAAGAUCUGUGAGGUUUUAUGAUGCUCGAUUUGAAGACAAUCAACCCCAUUUCUUGGAAUUUUGUUUUCAUUGCAAGAAACCUCUUGGAGGCAACCGAGAUAUCUUCAUGUACAGAGGUGACACACCAUUCUGUAGUGAAGAGUGCAGACAAGAACAAAUAGAGAUAGAUGAAGCCAAAGAGAACUGGAAUCUUUCUUCAUCAAUGAAGGCUUUGAGAAAGAAAGACCAAAAGAAGUCCUCUUCUCCCAGUAAAGCCCAGAACCACCCGUUCCGUACAGGCACUGUUGCAGCUGCUUAAAUCAAGUUCAUAUUAUGUAUAACCAAUCUCUCCCUACCAAAAAAAGAAGAAAAAUAUACAAAGUAAGAAGAGAAAUACCAUAAAUAACUUUUAGAUAGCUGUGUAAGAGAUGGUGGUUUUGAAGUUUUAUAGCCCAUGAAGGGAAGUGGGAAGUGCUCAGGUAGUGGGAGGAGAUUAUGAGAAGGAAGAAGAGUAGAAGACCCAAUGUCUUCUUUUUUCUGUUGUUGGCCUUUCCUUAACUGACUGUGAAUGUUAUAUAUUAAACAAAAAAAUGCUUGUUUUGGAGAGCAGCUACUCAACUGUUUCUGUAAUGGGGGUUGGGUAUACUUGUUCUUUGCUUCUGAUGAUGUAUAAAUUAGCUUUUCUGGGUAAAGAUUUUGUGGGGAGUCUUUAUUUGCUUUGUUUUGGUCAUGUGAAAAGCUAUAAUGCUUAAUGAAGAACGAUGAUAGUGAAAUUUCUCACAUUCCAGCUUUCA